GCUAAAGAAAUUCUUACGAAAGAAUCGAAUGUGCAAGAGGUACGUUGCCCCGUCACCGUCUGCGGGGAUGUCCACGGUCAAUUCCACGACCUUAUGGAACUCUUUAGAAUUGGUGGGAAAUCGCCAGACACAAAUUACCUGUUCAUGGGAGACUACGUGGACAGAGGCUAUUACUCGGUGGAGACAGUGACUCUUCUAGUAGCGUUGAAGGUGCGUUACCCGGAACGCAUCACAAUACUGAGGGGCAAUCACGAAAGCAGACAAAUUACACAAGUGUACGGCUUUUAUGACGAAUGUCUGCGAAAGUAUGGCAAUGCCAACGUCUGGAAGUAUUUCACAGAUCUGUUUGAUUAUCUUCCGCUUACAGCUCUAGUAGAUGGCCAGAUAUUCUGUCUCCAUGGUGGCCUGUCUCCAUCCAUAGAUACACUGGAUCAUAUCAGGGCUCUGGACCGCCUGCAGGAAGUUCCACACGAGGGUCCGAUGUGUGAUCUGUUGUGGUCAGAUCCGGAUGAUCGCGGCGGCUGGGGUAUAUCUCCACGUGGUGCCGGCUACACGUUUGGGCAAGAUAUUUCCGAAACAUUUAACCACGCCAAUGGUCUGACACUGGUCUCCCGUGCUCACCAACUUGUCAUGGAGGGUUAUAACUGGUGCCACGACCGAAACGUGGUUACCAUUUUCAGUGCGCCCAAUUACUGUUACCGUUGUGGGAACCAGGCUGCUAUCAUGGAACUAGAUGACACUUUAAAAUAUUCCUUCCUCCAGUUUGACCCAGCACCUCGUCGUGGAGAGCCUCAUGUUACCCGUCGUACCCCAGACUACUUCCUAUAAACCUCUCCUAACCUUUGUAGAAGGAAGUACACCUGGCAUUUUAAAGAGCAACAAUAUUUACACAUUUCUGUAAGAAAUCGGGGUUCGUCUCGACUUAAAAUCCCCACCAUGGACCAAAAUGUGCCAUACAGAGGACGAAGAGCGUUUAGCACAACUUGAGACUGAAUUCCUUACGACACUAUAUAUAUCUCCUGUCCCCCUCAGUCCAACAGUCAGUUUGCCUGCUGUAUUUGUAGCCAUUGUUUUUCUUCGGGACUGUUCAGAGAGGAAAAGAUAACUCUAAUAACACUUCCAUCUCCUUUGAUGCUUCUUUGUAAAUUUUUAGUUCUAGUGUUUAACUGGCAUGAAUUAGAGUUUAUUUUCGAGGGAAAUGCACACUAACUUCUUCCCCCACCACUCUUGGUUUUAUUGCAAGACCGCUCGACUUAACUGGAGAAAGGAAACGAUUCCUGCUUGGGAGUACGAUGUCAUAACACAGAUGCAAGCGUGCCCUUUUUAGCUUGAUUCCUGUUCUGUGUUGCUCCUGCUUCGGUUUGUUUUUUGGUUUUGGUUUUUUUUUUUGUUGUUGUUGUUGUUCGUUUAUUCGUUUUCUUUUGUCCUUUCCCAUCUUCCCCUCUGUAUAUUUGUCCUGGAAGUGCUUGCAAUCCUCCUCGCUGUACCUGAACUAAUAAACUCGCCGUUGUCAGCCCCAA